GCAGGCAGGCAGUCAAUCUCCGCGAUGGCCCCGCAGGAGGAGCCCAAGGAGGCGGCGGCGGCGCUCUCUCAGGCUGCCCGCUCUCCUUUCCCGCGGCGGCUCUUCACUUGGGAGGAAAUCCGUCUCCGCACCAGGCCCGAGGAUCCGGAUCGGGAGAUGUGGCUGGUGCUGGAGCGCAGGGUCUACGACGUGCGGAGCUUCCGCGAGCGGCACCCGGGCGGCGCGCGCAUCUUGCUCAGCCACGUCGGGCAGGAAGCCACGGAUGCCUUUGCAGCAUUUCAUGGCAACAAAACAUUGGUAAACAAGUUUUUGAACCCAUUAUUGGUUGGGGAGCUGGCACCAGAUCAAUCUACUUUUGAACCCAGCAAAAAUGAAUCGCUUAUCAUGGAUUUUCGUGAGCUAUGCACAACUGUAGAGAAGAUGGGACUCAUGAAACCCAACAGUUUCUUCUUCUUGGCCCUCCUCUUUCAUAUCCUGAUACUGGAUAUUGCAUCUUGGCUCACCCUCAUAUAUUUCGGGACAUCUUUAUUGCCCUUUAUGGCUUCAUUAGGGCUGCUUACUAUAGCACAGGUCCAGGCUGCAUGGCUCCAGCAUGAUUUGGGCCAUCUUUCUGUCUUUGAAAAGACAAAAUGGAACCACCUGCUUCACCAAUUUGUCAUGUGUCAUCUCAUUGGGGCAUCAGCCAAAUGGUGGACCCUCCUGCACUCCCAACAUCAUGCAAAACCCAAUUGCUUCUCCAAAGAUCCAGAUACUGAUGUCCACCCUUUCUUGUUUAGUUUGGGGAAGUCCCUUUCUGUGGAACUUGGGAUGAAGAAGAUAAAGUACAUGCCUUACAACUAUCAACAUAGGUACUUCUUUAUCACUAUGCCACCAUUGUUGUUUCCAGCCUUCUUCCAUUUUCACACGUUCUAUGUUGUCUACAAGAAGAAAUUGUGGCUGGAUCUGGCUUGGCAACUCUCCUGUUUUAUCCGGUUGUUCCUUGUCCAAGGGUAUAUACUAGGACCAAAGAGCUUUCUACUAUACUACUUCUUGUUCAGGAUAAUGGAAAGUUCUUGGUUUGUCUGGGUAUCACAAAUGAGCCACAUUCCCAUGGAUAUUGAUUAUGAUAAGAACUUGGACUGGGUCUCUACACAGCUCCAGGCCACUUGUAAUGUUCACCAGUCCCACUUCAAUGACUGGUUUACUGGGCACUUGAAUUUCCAGAUUGAACAUCACCUUUUCCCCAGAAUGCCACGACACAACUUCUGGAAGGCAGCCCCUCUAGUGAAAUCUUUGUGUCAUAAAUAUGGUAUUGAAUACAAGUGCAAACCUCUGCUGACAGCCUUUGCAGAUAUCUUACACACCUUGAAGGAUUCUGGAGAACUUUGGCUGGAUGCCUACCUGCAUAAGUGAGAGGUGCUGGCUUUACAGAGAACAAGGCCUUUAAC